AUGUGAGGAAAAUAGUCAAUAAUAUUAUACGUACUCGUAUUAUAUCAUGCCUGCGACAUUUCGUGCGGGCAUAUUACACACGCAUAACUGACAAUUCUACUUGUAAAACAGGUGUAAGCUGCUUUGACAAUGCUCUGUUCUACAUAGUAGUAUUUUGAUCUAUUUUGUGUAGAAUUCUACGACCGACCGAGAUAAGGAGACGAUUUUGACACAAUUUGCCAUUUACAAUAACCAUUACGAGUUGAUAGGAGCUGAUACUACCAUCUAAAAUGUCGCCGGUGAUUUGAAGUUUUUUUUUACUAAAAUAUUGAUGAGAAAGGGAAACUUGAGAAAGAGGAAUUCCUGACUGGCGACGUAGGAAACGGGAUGCAAAAAUGACGACCGCUAUGGAAAGAAACGGCGUUGUUCUGAACGAAAUGGACAAAGACACGGAAGAAGACAAAGAUAUCAGUAGUCAGUUCGAGAGUUCAGAUGGACCAGAGUUGACGAUCCCGGGCGAGCAGACUAAACUGGACACCGUUCGCCGAGUCUCAACCGGCAUGUACCUUACCGCAUCGGAGACCCUCGGUUACGGCCUCGACAGCGUCAAGCGAGCCGCUUCGGGCAUCGGCUCCGGCAUAACCCGGGCAGGGCAGAACGUCGCCGAUAAGAUGCAGAAAUCGCCCAAGAUUCCGAAAGCGAUGAGGAAGCGGGCCGAGGUCGAUGAUAUGAGCAUGAAUAUGAUCUCCGACGAUAGCGACGAUGAUCUUGACGAUGAUGAGAAGCUGAUGAUGCCAAAGAAGAGUGUGAAGGAAACCUUGAUGAGAAAGAAACGUCUAGAUUCUAAGAAGAAAGAGAGCAAGCUUGGGGAGACAUGGUAGGGGUUUCAAGAAAUGUGUUGCGGUAAUUUAUUGACGUUGCGUCUUGACUCGCUGACGCAAGCCUCGCGAUCGAUCCAAAUAAAUCGCAAAUAUUACAACCAAUCGCAAGUUUGCAGUCUCCUAUCAGAUAUGUACAUAGCUCUUGAUAUCAGCUCUUUACAAGACGGCCCCUGGAUUGGAGUAAAUAUCUUUCUUUUUGAGAUACACUACGUAAGUUUUCCCAAGUGUUCAUACACUUUAUGUGUUUGACGCCUGUUGUUCAUGCUUCCUGCACACAACGCACCAUUCUACUGACGCACGUCUGCGUUACCAACUGAAGCGUUCUUUGUGAUAGUGGCAUGGUGCAAAAAAGUGAAUACCAAAUGAACUGUAGAAACAUUGCGUCGAAUUAAUGGCGCAUGCGCUGAUUAUCUUCAUAGGCUUGAUGAGUACGAAAUAUUGACGCAAGCGAAAUUACAGAGCUGGAGCAACGGGCAUUCAUCCAAAUGGGGACUGUGCUCAAGAUAACUUGGACAAUGCACGUGAAAGACGUGAAGUUUUUUCAUGCCAAAAUACAUCGUCAAUAUGACCAUGACUGUCCCAUUAGCGGUUGGUUACCGCCACCGAAAACCGUCGUCGGUAUCUGUAAUGUGACCCGGAUGCAGAAAACAUGAUAAACCGUCGCUAUCACUAACUAAUGGGCCAUGCCUAAUUAAUUUAGAACGCUUAUUCAAUUGUUCUCUUCAUCACGUUUUAUUUAUUCUACUGUGAAUAUGGCCAGUAUAGUACAUACUUUUAGCUCAGAAACGUUUACGUUUAUUUUACCUUUCUCCUACGUUAUUAUACUUAUAUGAUAUCCUGAUAGGUGUCAUAUUGUCACUGAUGUUACUGUCGAUGGUUACAUGUUUAAUAUCCCCUGGGUAAGUUAUUUUGGUGCUCUUGAGAAAAUACUACAAUACCAAAUUUAAUUCUUCCGAAAAUCUAUUUUCACCUCAGGAUCCAUCUUGAUAUUUUACUCAUGUUUAUCAAUUUCCUAUCCCAAUCGAUGAGUUUAUAUAAAGCAUGGAACUAAAUGUUUGUCGCCGCAGCAACAGUCAAAUUAUUGUAGUUCCAAUGUAAGCUAACGUUCUUCAUGUUGGGUAAUACUAUGGUUAUCUGGAAAAUAGUGACACAACUAGCUGUUUUUAAGAAUGAAAUAUAUAGAAAAGUGCAAUUUAUUCACCUUGCUAUCUCAUCCACGUUCGUGGUUUUAUUUAUUAACACCGUCACUCUUUCGAAUAGGGAAAAUUGACUGUUAACUUCCCUAAAAGAGUCAUUAUGUGUAGCUUACAUGUACGUUAUAAGUAUCAUACGCUCUUGUGUCUGCCUUUACAGUUUACAUAACAUGAAGUUGGAUAAGUGUGCACUAAUGUAGUUACGUGCCUAGACACUGACUACGAAACAUGAUGCCGCCCGCAUAUUUCACGGAUUAGAAUAACCUAUUCGCAUAGAGCUUAAUUGCUCGUAAGUUAUUUCCAUUCUUUCGCGUUCCGCCUUCCUAGAAAACAUAUGUAUUAAAUAUGAUAAUGUUUGAUAGCGAUUAGCGAAUAGAAAAUUUAUU